CCAAACCUAAACAUAUUUUAAACCUCGUUACUGCCACUACUUUCUCUCUCUAGAUUUGUCUGGUUCUGUUCAGUAGAUAAACACUACACAUUCUCUCUCUCUCUCUCUUCAUAACAAUGGCGGAAGUGCUGCUGCUUCGUCUUCUACACCUCGGACUGUACAGCCCCGUCGUAUCCGCGCCAAUGUCAAACCCCCUCGCGCUGCGCUUUCUCUCCCUCCGAUGCGCCUCGUGAUCUCGUCCUUCCACGUUCUACUAGUCCUCUUUUACUCCUGUUUUUUACAAGCGGCCUAGUGUUUCGGCCGCAUUUCUCGCCUAGUUUUGAACCUGCAUUUGCCGUUUUCCUCAGAGAUUCACACUCGCAAUAACCUGUCAAAGGAAACUUAUCAGUCACUGAAUGGAGCAGUACGAAAUACUAGAGCAGAUUGGGAAAGGGGCUUUUGGCUCGGCCCUUCUCGUGAGGCAUAAGCAUGAAAAAAAGAAGUAUGUGUUGAAAAAGAUCCGUCUAGCUCGCCAAACUGAUAGGAGCCGGAGAUCUGCACACCAGGAGAUGGAGCUUAUUUCCAAAAUGAAGAAUCCGUUUAUCGUGGAGUACAAAGAUUCUUGGGUAGAAAAGGGCUGUUAUGUAUGCAUCAUUAUUGGUUAUUGUGAAGGAGGAGACAUGGCAGAGGCUAUAAAGAAAGCAAAUGGAAUUCUAUUCUCCGAAGAGAAGCUGUGUAAAUGGCUUGUUCAACUCCUAAUGGCUCUAGACUACCUGCACAAGAACCAUAUUCUUCACCGCGAUGUUAAGUGUUCAAACAUUUUCUUGACAAAAGAUCAAGACAUACGUCUUGGUGAUUUCGGACUCGCAAAGAUGUUGACUUCGGACGAUCUAGCCUCCUCUGUUGUAGGAACUCCAAGCUAUAUGUGCCCUGAGCUUCUUGCCGACAUACCUUAUGGUUCUAAGUCAGACAUUUGGUCCUUGGGAUGCUGUAUAUAUGAAAUGACUGCUCAUAGACCUGCCUUUAAAGCAUUUGACAUGCAAGCACUGAUCAACAAAAUAAAUAGGUCUAUUGUGGCACCUCUCCCAACAAAAUAUUCUGGAGCAUUCCGGGGUCUCGUCAAAACUAUGCUGCGGAAAAACCCAGAACUUCGGCCGAAUGCAGCAGAGCUUCUAAGGCACCCAAUCCUCCAGCCUUACGUUCUUAAGGUUAACCUCAAACUUAAUAGCGUGAGGCGCAGUAGCUUAUCAACCCACUGGCCUGAAACUGAGUACAUAAAGAAAACUAGAUUUGCGAAUCCAGAAGAUGUUCCUGUUUCAACGUACAAAGAAAAACGGCAUUCACUCAGCAAUGACAGGACUUUAAAUCCCAGUAUUUCUGUUACUGAGGAUUAUAUGGCAGAAUUGUCUGUUGGAAGUACUCAUGAAGACUUGACCUUUGGCAGAAAAGUUAUAUCAAAAGCUUCAAACGUUGCGAAGACUCUAAGAUUGACUCCUUCAAAAGCUUCUGCCACAGUGAAGAAGCAAUCAGAGCUUUCAAAGAAUCGUGAAUCUUUUCCAGCUUCACAAGCACCAACUAGAAAACCUGCUCAUUCAAACCGUAGAGUAUCUUUGCCAUUGCCAACAAGAACUGCUUCACAUGGAUCUCCUUGGAAGCCCGAUGUUGGUGUCCUUGACUGCGUUAAGUCUCCAGAUGUUUCUGUCAAUGCUCCUCGAAUUGACAGGAUGGCUGAGUUUCCACUAGCCUCCUAUGAAGAACCCUUUACUCCCGUCCGUAGAACUUCAUCAACCUCUGCCCAAGGUUCCUCUUCCUCGCCACAAGGUGAUUGUACAAUCAUGAAGGACAAAUGCACAGUGCAGGUAUGUGAUAGAAAGUUUGGCCGCCCAAGUUUUGGGAAUGACUGGCAAGGCAGAAUUGACUUGGAUGGAGAGGGUGGAAGUGAUCAAUCCUCUGAGCAAAAUGCGACGGCCGGGGCAUCGAGUCGGACCUCAUCAGAUGCAAGGCGACGUCGUUUUGACCCAUCCUCUUACCAGCAGCGAGCUGAAGCUUUAGAAGGGUUGCUUGAAUUUAGUGCAAGACUUUUGCAAGAUGAAAGGUACGACGAACUUGGGGUGUUAUUGAAGCCGUUCGGACCUGGAAAGGUUUCUCCUAGAGAAACUGCUAUCUGGUUGACAAAGAGCAUCAAGGAAAACACAGUCAAGCCCGAAGAGCAAUGCCAAUGAAUGGCGGAUGCAUGUGCUGUAACUCUUCCUGUGCUGACACGUCUGCUGUAAUUCUUCCCGCGAUCAACUUUAAUCGUGUAUUCAGCGUGUGAAGGCUGUAGGUAGAGGUUGACGUAGUAGAUCAUAGCUUUACAAUGUCCCUCGUCGCAGUUUCAUUUCUUGCAUUCAGAACAGCAAUUUUUGAGAUUUCAACUAAUCCCAAUUCCGCGUAGUAGGAUAUGAACCGGAGAUUAUAAUCGUUAAAUGUAGGAUUAGAUAGCUGUAUGGCCGGAAAUGUUGCGAAACCUCUUCUUCUUUCAUCCUAAUUUCUUCUGUAGCUUUUGAUCGUGUAGUUGUAAGAACUGUAAACGAGCUGCCUGACUCAGGAAUCUGUCCUUUUGAGAUGAACCAUCUCGAGAUUUUCUAUCUAUGCAGCUUCAUGUUUGCGAAA